AACAAAUUCCGGAAAGAAGGCAGCAUGUCAAAGUUCACAUCGUUGAAGGGAUUAGUGAGUUUGGUGACAGGAGGGGCGUCUGGUCUGGGUCGUGCCACCGUGGAGAGGUUCACCAAACAGGGAGCUCGAGUGAUUCUCUGUGACCUUCCCUCCUCUGAUGGGGAACAGGUCGCUAAAUCCUUGGAAAACUGCACCUUCUUCCCAGCUGAUAUAACCUCAGAAGCUGAAGUGAAGGAAGUGUUAAAAUCCACAAUGACGGAUUACAAAAAACUAGACAUCCUCGUGAACUGUGCUGGGAUUGGGGUCGCCAGGAAAACAUACAACAUUCACAAAAAUAAACCACAUCCACUGGAUGAGUUUGAAAGAGUGCUUAAGGUAAAUACCCUAGGAACAUUUAAUGUGAUCCGACAGGCAGUAGUUCUGAUGGCUCAGAAUGAACCUAACGAGGACCAGGCCCGAGGUGUGAUUGUUAAUACGUCCAGCGUGGCCGCAUUCGACGGACAGAUGGGACAGGUGGCGUACUCGGCCAGUAAGGCGGCCAUUGCUGGGAUGACCUUACCUCUAGCUCGCGACCUCGGAGAGUAUGGAAUUCGAGUCUGUACAAUUUGUCCAGGUGUCUUUGAUACCCCAUUACUGGCAGCCUUACCCCAGAAAGCUAUUGAUGCCCUGACGUCAACAGUAGUGUUUCCUAAGAGACUCGGAAAUCCUGAUGAAUUUGCACAGAUGUGUCAGACAAUAGUAGAAAAUCCUUACCUUAAUGGAGAAACAAUCCGAUUGGAUGGAGCCCUAAGAAUGAUAUGAUAGGCCUCAAUUCUGAUUGGAGCAGAGUUUUGAUUGUGAUGAUGCAAAGCUGUGAUUGGAUGAACAAAGUCAUGUGAUUUUUUUAACAUUGUGCUAUUGAUGUUUUGAUUACAGCCGUAUCAUUGAACAAUAGUUACUGGAAUAUGCAACAAAAUAAUGAUACUUGUGAAGUAUUCUGACACUUUUCAUUCUCUGGAAGAUUGAAAUAAUGAGAUGUGAAGUAAAUGAAAGAAUGAUAAAUUGUAAUGGAUGAGUUGUUUACUAUAUUAAAUGAUUUCUGUGUGA